AUGGUGACGGAAAUCCAAGCCCGCAAUAUUGUCGCGAGUCCUCUACCCAAUCUCAAUGAAGGCCCUCAUAUGACCAAAUUUUCUGCAAUCCAUGAUCUGAAAUAUGUAGGGGCCUUGAGUAAAUGGCCGCGUUUUGCUCAUGUGGUGGAAUUCGCUUUUUGCAUGGUCUCUCGGAAUCCUUCGGUGUCACCACCUAAGAUAAUGAAAACGGAUAUCGCCCUUGUCGGAGACAAGAAUUAUGUUCAAGGCCGAUUCCUGUCAGCAAUUGGUGAUAGACUAGGGCUUGCUCUCCGGAGCAUGAUGGUGGAUCUUGAAUUUGGGGGAUUUAAAUGCUCGGGGAUCAACUACAACCUGAUACCUGAUAUAAUAGAGCUGACUCAGGGGAGGAUCGUUCUCGUCGGAAAGCUGAAGGUCCCUUGGGACAGCGCUGACGAUAUUACGGGCUCUAUUUUCGAAGCUGACACCGAUAAUCAUAACCUCAGAGUAUUACUCGCUCAGCCGCUGCGGUAUAUGAAGGACCUCAAUGCUGAAUUUGGCUUUUUGAGCUCUUAUCAGUAUACUGUUUUUCUGAGGCAGUCCUUGAAUCUUCAGGGUAUCUGA